AUGAGCUUCACUGUGGAGGUCUUGGAGCAGAUCAUAGGCUGGAUCUAUUUCUUGGCCUGGUCUGUGUCCUUUUAUCUACAAGUGUUUGAGAACUGGCGAAGGAAAAGUGUUGUGGGACUGAGUUUUGAUUUUUUGGCAUUGAAUCUCCCUGGUUUCAUUGCAUACAGCGUUUUCAAUGUUGGGCUGUUCUGGAUAUCAUACAUUAGGGAAGAAUUUCUUCAGAUGUAUCCCAACGGAGUCAGCCCAGUGGAUUCAAAUGAAGUUUUUUUCAGCCUCCAUGCGGUGCUGCUUACGAUCAUUACUAUCAUUCAAUGCUGCAUUUACGAACGGGGCAUCCAGAAAGUUUCCAAAGUAGCCAUCGGCCUCCUUGUCAUUGCCUGGUUAUUUGCUUUCAGCAUGCUGAUUGUGGCCGAGGCUGGGGAGGUCACGUGGCUGCAGUUCUUAUUCUGCUUCUCGCACAUUAAGUUGGCCAUUACGCCCAUGAAGUACUUCCCUCAGGCUUACAUGAACUUCUGUCGGAAAAGCACUGAAGGAUGGAGUAUCGGAAAUGUUCUGCUAGAUUUUAUAGGAUGAAGUUUCAGUAUAAUCCAAAUGUUUUUACAGUCUUAUAACAAUGGUGAAUGGAAGUUAAUAUUCGGAGACCCAACUAAGUUUGGUUUGGAAGUAUUCUCGAUUUUCUUCGACAUUGUCUUCAUCACCCAACAUUACUGCUUGUACAAAAAGAGACAAGGGUAUGAAAAUGUUUAACU